AUGUUCAAUGUAUCAUGUUUUCAAUCGAAAUUAAUAGAAAAGGCAACGGAAACAAUUAAUAAAAUAUUCGACUAUAAAGAAAUCACAUGUGUAGUUUGGUGGAGAACAGACCCCGAAAAUGUAAUUGGAUUAUUAGAAAAUUAUAAAGGAUCCGUCGUAACAUUUGCGCUGGUAGAACCAACUACGUAUGAUUUUCAUAGAUUGGUGAAAUACAAACAAACAGUACUAUUUGCUUCAGAUCCUGAUGAAUUCAAAUAUUUUAUACAUGCUGUAGUAAAUAAUGUUGUUAACCCUAUUAGUGUGAUAUUGAUUUUCACUGAAAUAGUUACUAAUAAUAUCUUGACUGAACUGAUGAAAUUAGCAUGGCAAAAUGAUAUUGGUAACUUCAUUGUGAUAAGUGUUUGCGGGAACAAUAAUGUAACACUUACUACGUACAUUCCUUAUAGAGAUAAAGAAUGUGGUAACUACAGUCCAAUAAUAUUACCUGAAAAUAAAUAUUUUAUAAGAAAAUUUAACAAUUUCCAAAAAUGCCCUAUACGUGUGACAGCUGUUAAUGCUGUUAUAUAUUUUGUAUUAAAGGCUGAUAAUGGUACAGUUCACGUAAGUGGAAUAGAUGGUAAUGUUUUAAAUCUUGUAUUGGAGAGAGUAAACGCUACUAUGAAAUUUAUUGGGGGAAAUAACAAUAGGGAUAUCGAAGUAGUCCUCAAUGGGAGCGCAGCAGGGUUAUUCGGCGAUAUAAUUAACGGAUCAGCCGAUAUUUUGGGCCCAAGUCUAUUACUAACGAAAAAAAGAUAUACCCAAGCCCAGCCUUUAUACGUGUAUCAAACAUUAAAUCUCGUCUGGUGUUUGCCUAGACGACGCGAAAUAUAUAUGCGUAUUAAAGUGUUGCUUCCCUUCCUCACUAGUAUAACUAUAUUUUUUAUAUUUGCUUGGAUUUCUCUCUUCAUAUUGAUCAUGCUUAUUCAUAAAUUUAGUUCUGUGAAUCCAAAUUUAAAGUAUGUCACAUUUCGGAUUUUAAGUAUGUCUCUUGGGCAGCCGAUUAAAUUUGUGACGGAAAAUUGGUUGGCAAAUAGUAUCUUCGUACUGUGGAUUUGGUUUUGCCUUGUUAUACGCGUAGCAUACCAAAGUGAUCUGGUUGAAAGAUUUGAAUUAACAGUUUUAGAGCCACGUGUAAGCACUGCUAGGGAGGCAUUAGAGUUGGUCGACGGGCACGGCGGCUUUGCCUCUGUGAAAGAUUAUUUUAAUAAUACACCAAUGGAAAUGAAUUAUAAGACCAUAAGAUUAAAUGAAACUUCGAAAUAUAUCAAUAUGAUUGCAAACGGGAAAAGAUUUCUACUGGUUACGAAUGAAAUAUUGAUUAAAUAUUUCAACCCUGAAGUUCAGAUACUAGACGAACGUGUAACUAGUGUACCGACAUCUUUCUACGUGCGCCCACGCUGGCCUGCUGUUUACGAACUUAAUAAACUUAUAGAAAGAAUUGCUGAAACUGGCUUUGUGAGUAAAAUCUUAAGUGAUUAUAUACAUGAUAAUAGGGUAAAAAGGAAUUUUUCUCAAACUAAAACUCCUAAACCUUUGGAUAUGUCCAUUUUGCUUGCCUGUUUUAAUGGUUUACUGGUUAUGUAUAUUGUUUGUGUCAUUAUUUUUGCGAUAGAAAUUUAUUACUAUAAAUACAACACGGAAGGUUUGUUUGAUUUUACACAAUAA